UCGUGGCCAUCAAUCCUCCAUCGUGCCCUGCACCAGCCAUUGAUGUUCGUCGCAACCGAGUAGUCUACACCUACCUCCAUCCGCCCGCCGGCCAUGGAACCCCAGGCUCCGCCGAACGCCGCCGCAGCCAUUCCACCUGCCACUUCCACUCCCUCACCUCCCAUUGCUGCUGCCACCGUACACAGCUCCAGUCCACGAAACUCGCAGAAUUAUCAGCAGAAUUAUCAGCAGCAGUUGCAGCAGCAACAGCGCCAACAGUAUCAGCGAACUUCGCAGCCCACACCUCCCAGCGAUUACGAAUACACAUAUACCGACAAAGAUGCAUACUAUGCCCGUCAAGCCAAUCCUCGCUCACAGCGAGGCUCCAAGAGCAGCAGUGCCCGCGCUCACGACUCUGUCAUAUCACACCCGUUUUCCCCAAAGGUCUCAGCACCUCCCAGUCCGGGCAGCAGUAUCUCCUCCGUAGGCAGGAAGCACCGCUCGAUAGAGCAGAUUCAACCAGUUCAGCGACCAACCAGCGUCACCUACCCACCUCGCGCCUACAUCGAUCCAGAGAAGGCCGCUGCAGCGUCUUACGGCCAUCGCUCCUCUCAUCGGAAUUCGUCAAAUCCAGAUGGAGCAAAUGCCAUCUACGACUCUGGUGAAUACCACGAAAAGGGUCCCGAAGAGAAGGCCUGGCAGUUAUUGCUCUUUCUCUCUGCGCCAUGCAUGCUCCUCUCGUUCGGCAUCACCCUCUGGACUAUCUUCGCCCUUUUCGCUGCGCUUCUUCUCCAGCCCCUUCGUCUCUUCUCCACCCGCCCACCUCUUCCCGCGCAACUCAUCUCCUUCCUCGCGCCGCCACUCAACCUCCAACUCCACCUAAUAUAUUCCUUCUCCUCAUCGACGGAAUAUAGUCCAGCCAUGCUCGUCGUUGUGCACCUCUUCUCCCCCGUCGUAGCCGCAGGCGUCGCAGUCGCUGCAUGGACAGCCGCCUGCUUCUGGUUCUUCUCCGCGAUCCUCGGCGACCCAUCCGGCCAGGACAGCCACAACGACGGCAAAGAGAGCAUCCUAGGCGUGCGAAACUGGUGGGACCGAUGGCUCUCGCGAGCGCUCCGGUAGCGACAGAAUCUCGUCCAAGUUCAGCAGUUGCGCGGUGGUGGGUUUUGGUACGAAUAAGAAAAAGAGUAGUUCGCUUCGUGUUGUUUUGUGUUCAUUGAACAGGUGUU